AUGGCAGGAGGUGGAACACCUGGAGAGCUGAUUCAUGAUGCUUUUUUUUUUUUUAAUCUUCCAGGCAAACUUGAAGUCAGGCUUCUUGGCUGUGAGGAUUUACUGAAACCUCUGAAAGACGUGGAGCAGGAAAAUCCUUGGACUCCCAGUGAGGACGGCUCGACCGACGGACCUCCCACAGAGAUCAGAGCAGUGCUGCGGCUGGACGGCAGGGUGCUCGGACGGACUCGCUGGGCAGCUGCUGGCAGACUGAGCUGGGAUCAGAUGUUCUACAUCCAGCUGGAGCGGUCUCGAGAGCUGGAGGUUUGUGUCUUCUGGAUGGACCGGAGCUCCAUGUGUGCCGUCAAGUUCCUGCGACUGGAGGAGAUGAUGGAAAACCAAAACCACAACCAGAACUUCAGUCUGGAGCCGCAGGGCCUCCUCUACAUCAAGCUUCGAUUCGUGGACACGGUGGUGGAGAGACAACCCAAACUGAGACGUCAGCGAUGUAUUUUCACUAAAGAGAGAGGAAAGAAUUUUCUCCGUGCGGCUCAGAUGAACAUGAACUUUGCCACGUGGGGUCACCUGAUGAUGAGCAUCCUUCCUCGCUACAGCUCCUUCACCACCUUCAGCUCACAUCUUUCCACGACCUCUGACCUGAUCUCCAGCAGCGCCUCGCAUCCCGCUGAGGAGAAGCCUCAAACCGCCGCUUCACUGCCCAGCAAAACUCCAGUAAUCAGACUCAGCAUCGCUGAGGAUCAGCUACCUCCCAUCAGCAUCAGCCAGGAAGAAGAAACCUCUACCUUCAUCACUACAGAACUACAAAAUUCAUCUGUGCCUGCGCUGCCAGAAAAUCUGGUAUCGCUAAACUCUGGGAAACAAUGUGAGGAUCAGCCUGUGUCCGCCCUAAAGAUGCAGGUGGAUGAUUUCAAACUUGUUUCAGUUCUGGGGCGAGGACACUUUGGAAAGGUGCUUCUAGCAGAGUUUAAGAAGACAGGACGACUGUACGCCAUUAAAGCCUUGAAGAAAAGAGACAUUGUGACUCGUGAUGAGGUGGACAGCCUUAUGAGUGAGAAGAGGAUCUUUGAGAUGAUCAACGCCUCCAGACAUCCGUUCCUCGUCAACCUCCACGGCUGCUUCCAGACCAGCGACCACGUCUGCUUCGUCAUGGAGUACUUACCAGGAGGAGACCUGAUGAUCCACAUCCACAGCGACGUCUUCUCCGAGGCUCAGACCAGGUUUUAUUCAGCGUGCGUCCUGCUGGGUUUAGAGUUUCUGCAUCUGAAUAAAAUCAUCUAUCGAGAUCUGAAGCUGGACAAUCUACUGAUGGAUGCUGAUGGCUUCGUGAAAAUAACGGACUUUGGACUUUGUAAAGAAGGGAUGGGUCACGGAGAUCGGACCUCGACUUUCUGUGGGACCCCAGAGUUUCUGGCCCCGGAGGUCCUGACAGACGACAACUACACCCGAGCCGUGGACUGGUGGGGGUUGGGAGUCCUCAUCUAUGAGAUGCUCGUCGGAGAGUCGCCGUUUCCCGGUGAAGAUGAGGAGGAGGUGUUUGACAGCAUCGUCAACGAUGACGUGCAGUAUCCGACAAAUCUUCCUCUUGAUGCUGUCUCCAUCAUGCAGAAGCUGCUGAAGAGGAACCCCCUGAAACGGCUCGGAGCUGGAGAGAAAGACGCGAACGAGGUUAAAGGAGAAAAAUUCUAUGAGGACAUCGACUGGGAAGCUCUGAUGGCGAAGAAACUCAAGCCGCCGUUCCUGCCGUCCAUCAAGGAGUCCACGGACGUCAGCAACUUUGACAGCGACUUCACUCAGCUCCAGCCCGUCCUGUCGCCCCCCUCCAAGCCCUUCGUCCUCUCUGCAGAGCAGCAGGAGGCAUUUUCAGACUUUGACUUCUGUGCUUUGCACGGGUGAGAGGAGCUGAAAA